UUUCGUUGUGUAUCAAUUUCAUACCAUUGCAGCUUUUAAAAUGCUAGAGGCUGAGGACCAGGUGGUUGAAGAGGCUGUUGGUGUUGAUGAUGACGAAGAGUCACUUUUCCAAGACAUUGAUUUGCUCCAGAAUCAUGGCAUAAAUGUUGCUGAUAUUAAAAAGUUGAAGCAAAGUGGCAUUUGCACAAUUAAGGGCGUUCAAAUGACCACCCGUAAAAAGCUAUGCAAUAUCAAGGGUAUUUCAGAAGCUAAAAUGGAGAAAAUCAAAGAAGCUGCCAACAAAUUAAUAGAUCCUGGAUUUUUAACAGCUUUAGAGUAUGCUGACAAAAGGAAAUGUGUCUUCAGCAUUACAAGUGGGAGUCAAGAGUUGGACAAACUACUUGGUGGUGGUAUUGAGAGUAUGGCUAUCACAGAAGCUUUUGGGGAAUUCAGGACUGGGAAAACGCAGCUAUCCCAUACCUUGUGCGUGACUGCGCAACUUCCUGGAGCAAAUGGCUACACCGGAGGCAAAGUCGUUUUCAUUGAUACGGAGAACACGUUUCGGCCAGACAGACUGCGGGACAUAGCUGACAGGUUCAAUCUUGACCAGAGUGCAGUCUUGGACAAUGUUCUUUACGCCAGAGCUUAUACAAGUGAACAUCAGUACGAGUUGCUGGAUUAUGUUGCAGCUAAGUUUUAUGAAGAAAGCGGAGUCUUCAAACUUCUGAUCAUGGACUCCAUCAUGGCCCUUUUUCGAGUAGACUUCAGUGGUCGCGGAGAACUGGCAGACAGACAGCAGAAACUCGCACAGAUGCUUUCAAAACUCCAGAAAAUUGCUGAAGAAUACAAUGUGGCUGUGUUCAUCACAAACCAGAUGACUGCAGAUCCGGGGGCAGCUAUGUCGUUCGCCGUGGACCCGAAAAAGCCUAUUGGCGGCCACAUCCUGGCCCACGCCUCCACCACAAGACUCAGUCUAAGGAAGGGUAGGGGAGAGACCAGGAUAUGCAAGAUAUACGAUAGCCCGGACAAACCAGAAAGCGAAGCUACGUUUGCCAUCACACAAGGAGGCAUCAAUGACGCUAAGGAGUGAAUCUUGUGUAUCGGCCUUGCUGCAACAGUAACAUAUAAGCAAUUGUUUCUACAUAUAUGCCGUUACGUUUCUUCUUUCUUAAUCAUGACACUUGUUCUUUUCAUAUUUACUUGUCUGUGAUGUUUGAAUUCUUUUGAUUGAA